ACCGUACUUCUUCUAAAGUGAAGUUGCCGCCGAUGAGCAUCCAAAUUUCCAUCAUUUUUUUAGUAGUUUAACCCACUUUAACGUAUAGCUACAAGUUAACAAGGAGUCUUAAAAUCUAGAAGUCAUGCCACUCACAAACAAGACUAAGGUGAUGCUGGCAGUGGCAUUCUCUGUCACUGUCACCGGUUUGAUGGUCACGGCCAGUCUGCUUAGGAGACGCAAACGUCGUAAGCAACCCAGGACAAUGGUCAGACCUAUAACUAAUGUCUUCUCUAAUGCAGAUACGACCAGCAGCAACCAGCAACCUCGUCCCUACUCUCGUCAGUUGACCAGUUCCCCCAAGGCGGCCCCGAGACAGAAAGUGCCACCAAUGAGGCCACAGUCCAUCUCGAGUGCCAGGGCGAGUAAAGCCAGCUCCAUCAGCUCUCUGUCGAGCGUUAGUACUCUGCGCAGCGGAGGGGCCGGUGGCGGUAGCGGAGCUCUGACGCCGAUCAACACGUCGGAUAUGAUGACGGUGGAAGGAAUGUUUAAUCUAGGUAAAGAGGCAUUUGAGAGGGCUAUCAGCUACUGGAGAACUGCUCUUCAUGUGCAACACCAAUCACAAACUGAAAUAGAUGGACAGAUACAGGAGCCAGUCGACUCCAAUUUUAUCAGUCAGCUCGAGAAGUUAGUAGAAGCCGUAGACAGCCUUCGUCCUGAGAUGGAUGAUACGGCCAAUAGGUUAUCAGCUUCCAAUCUCGGUGACCUAUCCCUAGACAUCAGCCACGUUAGCAAUGCAUCAUGGGAUAGGGAUUUCUCUCGUAGUAUCAAGAGUGGUGACAGUGCCUCAGACUCGGACUCUUUUGUAUCGGCAGCAGAGCUUGGAGACCUCUCAUCACUUACCAGUGAGCUGAACUUCUUCUCAGGAGACGAAAGCUCUCCAGAGUUGUAUAUCCGUGCUCUGAGGGUGGUCAAAGAGGGCGGUGUUCAAGCAAGAAGACUCAGAACUGAGGUUUUGCAGUGUUCCAGUGAUGAGGACUUCCUUGCUAAGCUACAUUGUAUUCGCCAAGCCACCAUAGUUCUGUUCCAAGAUAGCAGCGUCAAAGACUACUUUUCAGACGUCGGCCUGCAACUGACUGCUGAUCUUUUGUGGCACGCAAACUAUGACACACAAGGAUUUAUCAAGGCUUAUGAUGAGAUGAUGUCAUAUGUGAAAGACCAGAGCAGCUGGAAAGACAUUGAACAGGAGCUUAAUGGGAGGAAGGUGAAAUUCCUUUCGUUCUAUGACAUUGUGCUGGACUUCUUUCUUCUGGAUGCCUUUGAUGACUUGGCCAACCCACCCUCGUCUAUUCUAACAGUCAUUCAAAACAGAUGGCUGUCAGAUGGAGUCAAGGAAACAGCUCUUGCUACAGCUGUUUGGUCUGUGCUAGCAGCAAAAAGAAGAAUGCUUCAGAAUCCCAACGGCUUCCUAGCUAAGAUGUACAGUAUAUCACAUAGCAUGACUCCAGCAUUAGCGUGGGGGUUCAUGGGUACUAAUGAGGAGUUGAAGAAACUCAUGAUCUGCUUCAAGGAACAAGUUACGCAAUUUUGCAGAGACAUCUUCUCGUUAAAACGAUGCAGAUACUCCUCUAUACCAGAGCUUUCAGAAGACAUCUAUUCCUUGGCCAGAGAGUAUGGCACCAUCAUCAAUCAAAAAUUGAACGCAAGCUGAGUGUUUUGAGGAGCAAGGUAAUUCCGACAGAAAGCGAACAUCCUUGCGGUAAUCAAUAUGAUAAUUACCUGCCGAUGCAUUCAUUACUCACUUUGAGCUGUAUUGCCAAGUGCGGUGGAUUUCAGAGAGAGAAACAUCGGAUAACAGAUAUGGGUAUUGACAAGGGCAUGUAUAUUUGUGAUUGCAUUUUCAAGCUGCAAAAUACUUAAAAGCGGGACUGCACUACUUGUAGCUACUUGUGCACUCUACAUAGCUAACUAUGCCUAAGCGGUACCCCUUAAUCCCCCAUGGUCCCCUUUUUCUUAUGUUAAUUGAGAGCUGAUUUGAUGAGAUAACCACCUGCCAGUGACCACGCAGGGAGGUCUAAUCCCUCCUGGCCAAACUAGUGCAGACAGUCCGUAACAAUCUUUCCCUAACCAUCCCCUGUGAUGCUGCAACGCUAGUUUACUCGCUGUGGACCAAGUUAAAUUAUUUUUUGUUGUUGCUGAAAAUGAGGUGUAAAUGUAUCGGUUAUGUAGUAGAGUUUAAACAUCACACCUAUAGUGGCCUGGACCCCAUCUUAUAAAGAGUUUAUAUUGAUCGCAACUUAUCAAUCGCAACUAUGUAAAUAAGAGAUAGGAGACUGCAAACUUGCGAUUAAUUGGAGGACUUGCAAUAACUG